AUGUCUAAAGCAUUCUUUUCCGAAUAUCCUCCAAAUCUUUCUAAUGUAAAUUUACAAUCAUUAAAAGAAUUAGCAAUAGAUUGGUCACUUUCUCAUGGUUUAGUAAUACGUCCACCAAAUAACCUUGCCCUUUCUAAUAACUCUUCGGUUAUGCAUGCGCCUAUCUCUUUAUUCCCUUCACCUUUUCCAAAAAAAACUUUUUAUCAAGCUAUAGAAUUACAACCUGUUUUUAAUCUUUUAUUCCAUAAAUUAUCUCGAAAUCAUGAAUUUAUUACUAAAGUUAUUGAGGAGGUAACUAAAGUCGAUGAUUUUAUUGAUAAACUUUAUAAAAUUUAUUUAAAAGUAAAAGAAGAAGGAAUUGUCCAGCCAAUUUCUUUAGGAUUACAUAGAUCCGAUUAUCUUUUACAUGUUCCACAAGAUGCAACAGAAGCUAAUGUUUUGCAAGUUGAAUUUAAUACCAUUUCUUCCUCUUUCUCUAGUUUAUCAUUUCUAACUGGAGAAUUACACAGAUAUUUAUUGGAAUCCACCAAAUAUUUUAAUUCUUCAGAAUUAUUAAAGAUUAAUUCAUUACCAUUAAAUGAUGCAAUGACAAGUUUACCCAAAGGUAUUGCAAAAGCUCAUGAGCUUUAUGGAUCUCCAAACGCCGUGGCCAUGAUGGUUGUGAUUGGUGAGGAAAGGAACGCUUUUGAUCAAAGAUGGAUUGAAUAUAAUUUAUUAAACAAUCAUAAAGUACAUAUUAUACGUAAAACACUCGCGGAAAUAGAUCAACAAGGAAAAUUAGAUCCCGAAACUCGUGCUUUAAUAAUAGAUGAUAAAGAAAUUUCAGUUACAUAUUUCCGUUCAGGAUAUGCGCCCGAACUACACCCUACAAAGAAAGAAUGGGAUGCUAGAUUAUUGAUUGAACGAUCGAAAUCUAUUAAAUGUCCAACAGUUGCAUACCAGCUUGUUGGUACUAAAAAAGUUCAACAGGUUUUGGCCAUGCCUGGAGUUUUAGAAAAGGCAAGUUUUGCAGGUUUAUAUCCAUUAGAUUCCUCAUCUGAAGGUGAGGCAGCCGUAAAGCUUGCCAUGGAAAAUCCCGAACGUUUUGUGAUGAAACCACAACGUGAAGGCGGAGGGAAUAAUAUAUAUACAAAAGAUAUCCCACCUAAAUUAUCAGAAAUUUCUACAUCAGACAGAUCAUCGUAUAUUUUAAUGGAUUUAAUACAACCACCUUCGAUGAGAAAUAUUAUUUUAAGACAAGGUGAAUUAGUUGAAGGUGAAAUGAUCUCUGAAUUAGGAAUUUAUGGCGUAUUUAUUGGAAAUGAAGAUGUUAUUAUUAAUGAGGUUGGAGGUCAUCUAUUGAGAACUAAAGGAAGAGAAACUAAUGAAGGUGGUGUAGCAACUGGGUUUGCUGUUAUUGACUCACCUCUAUUAGUUUAA